AUGGUUAAACCAAUCAUUGCUCCAAGUAUCUUAGCAUCAGAUUUCGCAAAUUUAGGUUGUGAUUGCCAUAGAAUUAUCAAUGCAGGUGCAGAUUGGUUACAUAUAGAUGUCAUGGAUGGUCAUUUCGUACCAAAUAUCACUUUAGGUCAACCUAUAGUCACCUCGCUACGUCGUUCGGUACCAAGACCAAACGAUACCACUUCUGAUAAACCAAAGGCAUUUUUCGAUUGUCAUAUGAUGGUGGAAAACCCAGAAACUUGGGUUGAUGAUUUUGUUAAAUGUGGUGCUGAUCAAUUCACUUUCCAUUACGAAGCCACUAAAGAUCCUUUGAAUUUGGUUAAAUUGAUCAAAUCCAAGGGUAUCAAAGCCGCUUGUGCCAUUAAACCAACUACUCCAGUUGAUGUUCUUUAUGAAUUAGGUGCUCAUUUGGAUAUGGCUCUUGUCAUGACUGUAGAACCUGGCUUUGGUGGUCAAAAAUUUAUGGCUGAUAUGAUGCCCAAAGUCGAAGCUCUAAGAUUGAAAUUCCCCAAUUUGAACAUCCAAGUAGAUGGUGGUUUAAGUAAAGAUACUAUCCCAUAUGCUGCCAAAGCUGGGGCAAAUGUCAUCGUUGCAGGUACAAGUGUCUUCACUGCCUCUGAUCCACAAGAUGUCAUCUCAUUUAUGAAAAAGGAAGUUUCUAAUGAAAUGGCUACCAGAAAUUUAUUAGAUUAA